AUGUCUUUCAUUUCUUUUUCUCUGUCUUUCCUUUCUUUGUUUUUCGUUUCGUUUCUUUCCGUCUUUCGUUUCUUUCACUCUGUUUUCGUUUCGUUUCUUUUCGUCUUUCGUUUCUUUUCGUCUUUCGUUUCUUUUCGUCUUUCGUUUCUUUUCGUCUUUCGUUUCUUUCCCUGUCUUUUCUUUCUUUCUCUCCGUCUUCCGUUUUGUUUCUUUCCCUCUGUCUUUCGUUUCGUUUCUUUCCCUCUGUCGUUCGUUUCGUUUCUUUCUCUCUCUCUCUUUCGUUUUGUUUCUUUCCCUCUGUCUUUCGUUCCUUUCUCUCUGUUUUUCGUUUUGUUUCUUUCUCUGUGUCUUUUGUUUCGUUUCUUUCUCUCUGUUUUUCAUUCCGUUUUGUUUUCUUUCUGCUUUUCCUUUCGUUCUCUCUCUCUCUCUCUCUCUCUCUCUCUCUCUCUCUCUCUCUCUCUCUCUUUAGUUUCGUUUCUUUCACUGUCUUUCGUUUCUUUCACUCUGUUUUUCGUUUCGUUUCUUUUCGUCUUUCGUUUUUUUUUUUUUUUUUUUCGCUGGCUUUCGUUUCUUUCUCUCCGUCUUUCGUUUUGUUUCUUUUCCUGUUUUUCGUUUCGUUUCUUUCCCUCUGUCUUUCUUUUCGUUUCUUUCUCUCUGUCUUUGGUUUCUUUCCCUGUCUUUCCUUUCUUUCUCUCUGUUUGUGGUUUCGUUUCUUUCCGUCUUUCGUUUCUUUCUUUCCUUCUUUCUUUCGUUUCGUUUCUUUCUUUCCGUCUUUCGAUUUGUUUCUUUCCCUCUGACUUUCGUUUCGUUUCUUUCCGUCUUUCGUUUUGUUCCUUUCCCUGUCUUUCGUUUCUUUCUCUCCGUCUUUCCUUUUGUUUCUUUUCCUGUCUUUCGUUUCGUUUCUUUCUCUCUGUCUUUCGUUUUGUUUCUUUCUCUCUGUCUUUCGUUUCUUUCUCUCUGUUUUUCGUUUCGUUUCUUUCCGUUUUUCGUUUCAUUUCUUUCUCUCUGUCUUUCGUUUCGUUUCUUUCUCUCUGCCUUUCGUUUCUUUCCUUUUGCCAUCCGUUUCGUUUCGUUUCGUUUCUUUCAAUGUCUUUCGUCACUUUCUCUCUGUCUUUCGUUUCGUUUCUUUCUCUCUGUCUUUCGUUUCGUUUUGUUUUCCUUCUGCUUUUCCUUUCGUUCUCUCUGUCUUUCGUUUCGUUUCUUUCUUUGCGUUUAGUUUCUUUCUCUCGAUCAUUCGUUUCCUUCUCCCGAUCAUUCGUUUCCUUCUCUCGAUCAUUCGUUUCUUUCUUUCUGCUUUCGUUUCGUUUCUUUCAAUGUCUUUCGUCUCUUUCUCUCUGUCUUUUGUUUCGUUUCUUUCUCUCUGUCUUUCGUUUCUUUCUUUCUCUCGAUCAUUCGUUUCUUUCUCUUGGUCAUUCUUUUCUUUCUGUCUGUCUUUUGUUUCGUUUCUUACCCUGUCUUUCCUUUCUUUCUCUUUGUUUUUCGUUUCGUUUCUUUCCGUCUUUCGUUUUGUUUCUUUCCGUCUUUCGUUUUGUUUCUUUCCCUAUCUUUCGUUUUGUUUCUUUGUCUCUGUUUUUCGUUUCGUUUUGUUUCGUUUCUUUCUCUCUGUCUUUCGUUUCGUUUCUUUCACUCUGUCUUUCGUUUCUUUCUCUCUGUCUUUCGUUUUGUUUCUUUCCCUGUCUUUCGUUUCUUUCUCUGUUUUUCGUUUCGUUUCUUUCCGUCUUUCGUUUUGUUUCUUUUCCUGUCUUUCGUUUCUUUCUCUCCGUCUUUCGUUUCGUUUCUUUCUCUAUCUCUUUCAUUUCGUCUCUUUCUCUCUUUCGUUUCGUUUCUUUCUCUCUGGCUUUCGUUUCUUUCCUUUUGCCAUCCGUUUGCUUUAUUUAUUUAUUUCUGCUUUCGUUUCGUUUCUUUCUCUGUCUUUCGUUUUAUUUCUUUCCCUGUCUUUCGUUCUUUCUCUCUGUUUUUCGUUUCGUUUCUUUCCGUCUUUCGUUUCUUUCUUUCCUUCUGUCUUUCGUUUCGUUUCUUUCUCUCUGUUUUUCGUUUUGUUUCUUUCUCUGUCUCUUUUGUUUCGUUUCUUUCUCCCUGUUUUUCAUUCCGUUUUGUUUUCUUUCUGCUUUUCCUUUCGUUCUCUCUCUCUUUAAUUUCGUUUCUUUCUCUCCGUCUUUCAUUUCUUUCACUCUGUUUUUCGUUUCGUUUCUUUUCGUUUUUCGUUUUGUUUCUUUCGCUGGCUUUCGUUUCUUUCUCUCCGUCUUUCGUUUCGUUUCUUUCCCUGUCUUUCGUUUCGUUUCUUUCCCUCUGUCUUUCGUUUCGUUUCUUUCUCUCUGUCUUUCUUUUCGUUUCUUUAUCUCUCUCUUUCGUUUUGUUUCUUUCCCUGUCUUUCGUUUCUUUCUCUCUGUUUGUGGUUUCGUUUCUUUCCCUCUUUCGUUUCUUUCUUUCCUUUUGUCUUUCGUUUCGUUUCUUUCCGUCUUAAAAUUUGUUUCUUUCCCUCUGACUUUCUAUUCGGUUCUUUCCCGCUGUCUUUCGUUUCGUUUCUUUCUCUCUGUCUUUCGUUUCGUUUCUUUCUCUGUCUCUUUCCUUUCGUUUCUUUCUCUCUGUCUUUCGUUUCGUUUCUUUCUCUGUCUCUUUCCUUUCGUUUCUUUCUCUCUGUCUUUCGUUUUGUUUCUUUCCUUGUCUUUCGUUUCUUUCUCUCUGUUUUUCGUUUCGUUUCUUUCCGUCAUUCGUUUUGUUUCUUUUCCUGUCUUUCGUUUCUUUCUCUCUGUUUUUCGUUUCGUUUCUUUCCGUUUUUCGUUUCGUUUCUUUCUCUCUCUCUUUCGUUUCGUGUCUUUCUCUCUCUCUCUUUCGUUUCGUUUCUUUCUCUCUCUCUCUUUCGUUUUUUUCCUUCCCUCUGUCUUUCGAUUCGUUUCUUUCUUUCUGUCUUUCGUUUCGUUUCUUUCUCUCUGUUUUUCAUUCCGUUUUGUUUUCUUUCUGCUUUUCCUUUCGUUCUCUCUGUCUUUCGUUUCGUUUCUUUCCCUGUGUUUAGUUUCUUUCUCUCGAUCCUUCGUUUCCUUCUCUCAAUCUGAUCUUUCUUUCCCUGUCUUUCGUUUCUUUCUCUCUGUUUUUCGUUUCGUUCCUUUCCGUUUUUCGUUUUGUUUCUUUCCCUGUCGUUCAUUUCUUUCUCUCUGUUUUUCUUUUCGUUUCUUUCCAUCUUUCGUUUUGUUUCUUUCCUUGUCUUUCGUUUCUUUCUCUCUGUCUUUCGUUUUGUUUCUUUCUCUCUGUUUUUCAUUUCGUUUUAUUUUCUUUCUGCUUUUUCUUUCGCUCUCUUUGUCUUUCGUUUCGUUUCUUUCUCUGCGUUUAGUUUCUUACUCUCGAUCAUUCGUUUCUUUCUCUCUGUCUUUCGUUUCGUUUCUUUCUCACUGUCUUUCGUUUCUUUCUCUCUGUUUUUCGUUUCGUUUCUUUCCGUCAUUCGUUUUGUUUCUUUUCCUGUCUUUCGUUUCUUUUUCUCUGUUUUUCGUUUCGUUUCUUUCCGUUUUUCGUUUCGUUUCUUUCUCUCUCUCUUUCGUUUCGUGUCUUUCUCUCUCUCUCUCUUUCGUUUCGUUUCUUUCUCUCUCUCUCUUUCGUUUUUUUCCUUCCCUCUGUCUUUCGAUUCGUUUCUUUCUUUCUGUCUUUCGUUUCGUUUCUUUCUCUCUGUUUUUCAUUCCACACACAUUCUCUUUGUAUCUCUCUGUUGCUCCCCUCUCACGCUCUCUUGCUCUCUCACUCUCAAAACUCUUUGUUUUCUCUCUCUCUCUCUCUCUCUCUCUCUCUGACUGUUUCACCCCUGUCUUUGUCUCUCUCUCUCUCUCUCUCUCUAACGGCCUUUUCUCCUCUCUCUCUCUCUCUCUCUUUGACCGUUUCUCCUCCCUCUCUCUCUCUCUCGCUUUCUCUUUGACUUUCUCUCAGGCUCUUUAUUUGUUAACCCCGCAGUUAUUUAUAUCUGUCUCUCCAAUGUCCUACAAAUGUAAUAUUUUUUGUCUCUGUCUCUGUCUCUCUCUCUCUCUCUCUCUCUCUCUCUCUCUCUCUCUCUCUCUCUAUCUAUCUAUCUAUCUAUCUAUCUAUCUCUGUGUGUCUUUUUCUUAUCUCUCUCUUUGUCUCUGUCUCUCUUUGUCUCUCUCUUUCUCUGUUUUUCUCUUCCUCUGUCUCUCUAUCUCUCUGUGUCUCUCUCUCUUUGUCUCUCUCUUUCUCUGUCUUUCUCUUGCUCUCUCUCUCUCUCUGUCUCUGUGUCUCUCUCUCUCUUUCUCUCUCUUUCUCUUUCUCUGUCUCUCUCUGUCUCUGUCUCUUUCUCUCUCUCUCUUGUCCCUCGUCUGUGUGACGUCUAUUUGCCUGCAAGAUUAUGCAUCUACAAUUACCAGUCAACUGUGCACAGUUGUUGAGACUGCAUUGACAAAAAUCUCUUCAAAGGGAGCGAUUCCUCGAGAUAGUACCAAUGCAACAUUAGUACCAUCUCGAGGAAUCGCCCGGCCCGGCCCGGCCCGGCUUGGAAUACCGUCUCGAGGAAUCUGUCCCCCCCCCGCCCGGAUUCGAAUACCAUCCCGAGGAAUCUGUCCCAUCCCCGCCCGGCUUAGAAUACCGUCUCUAGGAAUCUGUCCCACCCCCAAAGGGAGCGAUUCCUCGAGAUGGUACCAAUGCAACAUUAGUACCAUCUCGAGGAAUCCCUCCGCCCGGCUUGGAAUACCGUUUCGAGGAAUCUGUCCCACCCCCACCCGGCUUCGAAUACCGUCUCGAGGAAUCUGUUCCACCCCGCCCGGCUUCGAAUACCAUCCCGAGGGGUCUUUCCCACCAUACUAA